CUAUGAACAUAUAGUACAACAUCAAUUGUUUCAAAACGUUCUAACGAAUUAAGUGAACGAGAAUACUCAAGUUUUCUCUGUUACAUUUUGUAAUAAAACCGAGAGAAAAUUAAUUUUGUUGAACAUUCCUGGUGAAGAGAUAUGGUUUUAACGCAAAAUGUAGUGUAUUUAGUGCCAUUAUUAUGGAGUGUAUAUUGUAUGGCUGAUAUAACAGGUAAAUCGCGAAAAGAACCAAGUAUCAGUAAGAAGAAACAUAACUCGCUUUCCAGAGCUCCGGAUAUCGAUUUUAUCAUGAUGGCUCCACCAUUGGCAAGUAAUAAUGCAAAUGUUUUGAAAGACAAAGAUAUUUCGACAAAGGCACACGAAGAAAAGGUAACGCACGCGAAAAACAACACACAUCCUGCCAUCUUUCUACGGUUCAUGCAAAUUAAGACAUUUUGGAACUCAAACGACAGAAAGAAUAAAAGUCGACGGUUGUUGGAAAUGACUCUAAAACCAAUGUUCUUUGUUUGCUGUCUGUGUGUUUUAGUAUUGAUUUAUCUUCUCUAUCGAGCAGUAAGAAUACGAAGGAGCAGUAAAAAUGAGAAACAUGUUAUUCAACCAACUGAUUCGAAAACAAUAUACCAGAACGAGGCUUAGAAGCAAAAUAUUAUCAAAAGAAAUAGAUUAUCUCAAUCAAUCUAACACUUCUGACUACAUAUUGAAUCAGGCAAUGUUGUUAACCAACUUCUAAUUAAUGAACACUCGAUCCAGAGAAUACCUCUAAUUCCCUUCUAUUGUAAAUUUAUAUAUUGUAUUACUCCGAACACAUGUACAAUAAUAAUAGUCUUAGUCUUCAAGUUAAUUAUUAAGCCCGAAGGUCCAUGCCUAAUAGCCUGCAAACAGGUUUGCUAUUUACGAGUAUCUAUUUCAAUGUAACUAUAAAUGUCAAUAUAUCACACCACUCCCCCCUUUAAAAGUAUUAUGUGUAUUUUUCUGGAGGUCUUCGAAUUCUUUCUGGAUAUCUUCUCUCUGGUUGCAUUUCCUCUUCUCUGCUGUCAGAUUCACUGUCCUCACUGGUACCCAGUGCUGGGUGUCCGACCCCAUUCUUCUUUGGUGGAUUCCUUGACUUUGGUUUCUUGACAGGUCGAAUCUGAUAAGGUUUAAGGUAAUUGUAAUGGACAAUUUCUUCUUUAGUUCCAUUAUUCCUUCUCAC